UAUUUCUUAUCCAAUCAUUUCCACUAUACUCUAAAAUUCCCACCCCCAAAAAGCUCUCUCUUUAGAAGACAAACACAAACCCCUCAACAUGCAACAACAACAAGACUUUCAAGAAAACUUGGAAUCUUGCAAUUAUUUCUCCAAAAAUAAAUCAUCAUCAAGUGAUAAUAAUAUGAUGGGAGAUUAUUAUGGUUUUGAUAUUGAAGCUAUUAAAAGUUUUUGUAGCUCUUCCCCAUUUUACCCUCAUGAUCAUCAUGUGGAAUUUCAAGAAACUAUAGAGAGUAAUAAUAAUAAUAAUAAUAGUCCAGAAGCUAGAGCUAAGAAUCAUAAAGAAGCUGAAAGAAGAAGAAGAGAAAGGAUUAAUUCUCAUCUUCAUAGCCUCAGAACCCUACUUUCUUGCAAUUCUAAGUUAGAUAAAGCUUCAUUACUAGCGAAAGUCGUUCAACGUGUGAGGGAACUCAAAGAACAAACUUCACAAAUUAUGCAAAGUGAAACAAACUUAUUAUUCCCUUCUGAAACUGAUGAAAUCAGUGUGUUAUCAUCAAAUGAUUGUUUAGCUGAUGGAAGAUUACUCAUUAAGGCCUCUCUUUGUUGCGAGGAUCGAUCCGAUCUCAUCCCUGACCUAAUCGAAACCCUAAAAUCACUCGGAUUGAGUCCUAUAAGAGCUGAAAUGGUCACGUUAGGAGGGAGAAUUCGUAAUGUGAUUGUAUUAGCUGUUGAUCAUAAGGAGAGUAAUAAUAACAAUACUGAUCAUGAUGAAUCGUCGUUGUUGUUCUUGAGAGAUGCUUUGAGGUCUAUAGUUCAACGUUCGAGUUAUGGUACUAGUGAACGAGGUAAAAGACGAAGAGUAUUAGGUCAAGGAACAAGGAAUUACUAGGGUAUAUGUAUAACUUUUCCAUGCAUGCUUUGUUGAAAUAUUGGAGCUUUGGAGCAACUUUAAAUUGUACCUUCUUUAAUUAUGGGAAUUAUAGGUUACCAGUUCGAUCUGUGAAAUCAGUCAUGAGGUACUAGUGGAAGGUCCAAAAGACGAAGAGUAAUAAAGUUAUUAAAUCAGUCAUUGAUACUUUUGUGUGAACGUGACAUGAUUUGUGUUUGCCUGUACUAGUAACUAGUUAGGGUUUUGUUCAAUAACAAAUAAUGUAAGUAAUCGUUUCACUUAAUAUAACUAUGAUUGAUGA